UGAAACGUCCAAGACCAGAUGAAAGGCCAGAAAGAGGAACCUGUAUGAGACACAGGCGAACUUAACAACAGCCGUCUAAAGUUUGACUCAUCUGCAUUGUCCGGACGCUGUUAACGUUUCCAGAGCGCCUGAGGUGAUCGAGCUCCCGGCGUUACUUCGUCCUGGCAGGGGUAACAUUUUGCCCGAGGUUACAGGUGGAGGUAUCAGACAACACUUACCAAAGGGCCGCGACAGCGUUCGUUAUGUGUUUUAUACUGUAAGUAUAAAAACUGAGUUUACAAAAUACUGCUCACCAGUCAACACAUCACUUAAAAAAUGCAGCAUAUUGACAUAUAUUUGCAACCUGCAGUGUUGAUUUUUAUUUUGGACUGAACAAAACAUUCUAAAUUCCCUCCAACCCUACAGUAAAUAUCACAUAGUAUUCACUGUAGACGUAAAGAGGCCUGGUGAAACACAUGCAUCAUGCCACUAUGUUGUACACAGCACAAAUGAACUGCAUAGGAAUGCCAAGUUGACACGGUGGUGAGUGUUGACUCACGGCACCAAAAUAAAUGAAAAUAAAUAAACAGUCAAGCCUAUGAGACCCCUCAGUGUGACUGUGUUUUCACUCCUGCUGAGGGAGCAGCUAUUCUGGACUUUAUUCUCUCCUGAAGAAACACAGAUGAGGUUUUCACAUCAAGCAGUGGGUGGAGUCAUGAGAAAUAUCCUUCUGUACUCGUGCUGCUGCUAUGUAAUCCCACAAUAUGUGUGCACUGGACUUCAUUCUGAGAGUAAGGUUUCUUUUCCUCUGCACGGGCACAUGAGAAUUCCUUAAAUUCUUUACAGUUGCAAUAAGAAACGUAUUGGUUUCAGUACACCGCUGUAAACGAAUCCUCUUCUGUUAACUGUAAUGUAUUUUAUGCACUUAUGCAGUAAUCCAUAACACGAUUAGUUUGUACUCUGUGCUUGUGUUUAAGACGCCUUUGACAUCUCAGUGCUUGACUUGUGUUGUACCACACUGUGUUGUACCCUACAAUAUGAUUCGUAAUUUUUCCUUUGUCAUUAUUCCAUAUAAGGUCUACCGAGAUUUAUACAUUUUUAGCAGACCUUUUUCUAGGCUGACAUGUAUCUAUACAUGCCAGAACAUAACACUGUAUACCUCCAUGCAUGCAGCUACACUCAUUGUCUCUAUAUUGGAUGACAUCUCCUCUGUGCAGGCCCAUACACCAGCACUAACAUGCUGGGCUAAGAAUUUAUGUGUGUCCAUUAAUGGUUUUUAAAGUUCACCAUAUAGCAGGACCUUCAAUAUGAUGCAAUAUUGAAGGCAAAGCAUUACAUAGCACAGCAUCAACUUCCACUACUGCGGCUAUCUAAUAAGUAGAACAGAUUUUUGCAGCUUUAACUUCCAGCUUAUAUUUAAAAAAACAGAAAUCUAGAGCUGAAGUGUUAAAGAUGAGACCUCAAACUGCGAGAGGCGGUCUAAUAUUUAUUCAAGCCAGUAGUGCAGCUUUCCAAACACUGAGCCAUACACACACACACACUGUUUCACAUGGACUACUAACACUUUCUGUUUCCAACUUGCAGCUGUGAGAGUUAAAACGCAUCUUAGUAUUGUGAGGGAGCAGAAGUCUCUGUCCCUGCGACACACAUUAGGGAAGAUACAGCAGCUUCUCACGUAGUGACUCAAAGCACUAUUUGCAUUAUGUACUCAUUCAACAUUUACAAUGUCGAUAUAAUAAAAUUCAGCAGUUUUGAUUACUGUAAACACUUAUAAUAUUAUUAUAUAUAUAAUAUAUAAUAACCCUUUUUGAAUUGAUCAAACAAUGUGAGACCUUUAAGGUAAGAUCAUGUUUUCUACUUAUGCACGCUCAGGAUUUUACAUUAUGUCCUAAUUCCACAUUGCUGAGCUGGCAAGAAGGGGCACCGUGAAGAAGGUCACUGGAUCGUCUGCUCGGCAGGUUACUUAUCAGACAGGCCCAACUUCAGAACCAACACCAGAUCAGCUUACCCCCUGGGGUUGCCGGAGCAGUUUGCCCAUGGGGCUGUGUUGCUCAUGACGAGCAGCACCAGAGGAGCGGGUCUGUUAUGCUCUGAGUAGACUGUGCCAUGACCGAGUCUCAGACUACACAGGCCCCACGCCAAGUCAGUCUGGAUGGCUUGACUUUGAUAGGAAGACUCAAGAGCGACCCAGUGAAGGCAGCACCGGUAAUCCUGGCUGAUGCUGUAAAAAAAGAGUUGUUCAAAGACAAGCUGACAAAAUUACCUGCUUUUUUUGAUAUUCAGAGUUCACCAAUAAAUAUGUGGAAUGUUCUACAGGAUUUGUUGAAGAAAUUCAUCUAUGCACUGACUAAACAACCAGUAACGUACAGUGCAGUUCCCCCAUCACACUCGUAAAUCCAUUUACCAACUUUGACACAUGUAAUAACUCCUCAUUGGGUUAUAUAAACGUUUAUAGCUCGCUGUAACCAAUUAAUUGUGCAAACAUUACAGGCUUAAAUGUUACUGGAAACAGUCCAGUGCUCUUGGUCCACAGUGGUAACACAAGACAGUGGAGCUGUACGACUCAUUUUGUUCCAGAGUCACUUGUUAUGACGACACAGCGCUGAUUAGUUACUUGCCUUUGUGUAUUUAUGGAGUUUAAACUUCAGUCAGUGCUGAUUCACUGCGAUGUGGGCCGAGCCCGGACGGAAGCUUGUUACGAGCCAGGGCAUCGGUGAGUAAAACCAGCCUAUGACGUAGAAUAUGAAUCUGCAGAUGCCUGAGUUGAAUUUGUGACCGUCAAAACUGCUGUGUUUUUUUGAUGGACAAAACACUACAAUUUGUGGCUAAAAAACACAGGUUAGUUUAUAACAGAGCUCAAAUGACCCGCUGAUUGUCCCUAUUGGACGUGUGUGUGGUGUGGCCCCUCCCUGCGGUGUCCCCUCUGCAAAGCCUCCAAUCCCUUCCUGUGGCCAAGCACUCUAUGCAUAUACAUGAGCCCCCGAGGGCUCCAGGACCUCGGACGGGCUAGAUAGCUGAGGGGAUUCAGUUGGGCUGUUUUGUCUGGGGCUCCUUCAUCCAACAAUCCCCAGAGAAAGGACUGCGGCUUCCACCUUUCCUGGCCACGGGGAGAUGACGGCUCCCAGCGUUAGAGGGCCACUUGUGGUGCUGCUCCUGCAGCUCGUCCUCGUUUGCUCCGCUCAGAGGAGUGAGGGGACUCCUGGCCCUGUUGGACCUGCAGGUGUCCCAGGAAUUGAUGGCAUAGAUGGGGAAAGAGGAGUUGGUGGCGAAGAUGGCCCACCUGGGCCUGAUGGAGAUGCAGGGAAACCUGGCUCUUCAGGGUUACCAGGAAUCCCAGGGAAUGAUGGUUUGACCGGCCCUAUAGGAGAUCCGGGGCCUGAUGGUCCCCCCGGACAGAAAGGUGAACCUGGACAGUCUGGACCUCGAGGAGCAGCUGGUGUGGGGCCAGAUGGAACCACAGGACCACCUGGGCCAGGAGGACUUCCAGGUGAAGUGGGAAAAGCUGGACCACCAGGGCCCAUGGGUGUGAGAGGGCCACAGGGACCUCGUGGGCCAACAGGGCCCAGAGGUGCCACAGGAAUGCUAGGCAGUGCCGACCUGUGUCCAAACUCUUGCCCUCCUGGGACACCUGGACAUCCUGGCCUUCCUGGCAUGAAGGGCCAUAAGGGUGUGAAAGGCGAAGCCGGAGAGCCUGGUAAACAGGGGCACAAGGGGGAAGAAGGAGAGCAGGGGGGCGUAGGAGAAGUCGGCGCUCAAGGACCAACGGGUCCUCAGGGAAUUCGUGGAGCCAUGGGAAUGAUUGGGCCCAAGGGAGAGACGGGAGCCCGAGGCAUUGAUGGAGAUCCAGGUCCCCAGGGUGUUUCUGGGGCAACUGGAGAUCAAGGCCAGAGGGGCGUAAUGGGUGAACCUGGACCCAAAGGUGAAGAGGGUAUUCAAGGGCCAAGAGGAAUCACAGGCCUUCCAGGUCCUAAGGGAGAGACUGGUUUACCGGGGGUGGACGGCCGCGAGGGGAUCCCUGGGAUGCCAGGAGCAAAGGGAACCACUGGGAAGCCAGGAGUUCCCGGAGAGGUUGGACUUCAGGGGCUUCCUGGUUUGCCGGGCGUCCCUGGACCAAAAGGCCUGAGUGGCACUAAGGGAGAUGCAGGCAAAACAGGACUUCCUGGCACAAUAGGAUCAGCUGGCAAACCUGGGGAACGCGGAGAGCAGGGCGAGGUGGGACCUGCUGGACCCAUUGGCGAGCCUGGAGAUAUAGGAGAGCAAGGGCCCCUGGGACCAGCUGGCAAGAUGGGCGCCAGAGGACCCAAAGGUGACCCUGGCCUCCCUGGUCUACCCGGUCCUCCUGGACCUCCUGGAGUGAAAGGAGAACGGGGAGAGCGUGGAGAAACAGGACCCAAAGGAGAGCAGGGAGUACAAGGUGAUGAGGGAAACCCUGGAGACAAGGGAGAUUCUGGUGAACCAGGAGAACUCGGAGUUAAGGGGGAGGUUGGUGUUCCCGGAGAUCCAGGCAGAAAAGGCCCGGAAGGAAGCAGAGGUCAACCUGGCAUCGAGGGUCCACCUGGCACGCCUGGACCUCGGGGCAUGCAGGGGAACAGGGGCCCACCGGGAGUCCGAGGGUCUCAGGGCCCUGCGGGUAAAGAGCCAAGUGAUCAGCACAUCAAACAAGUCUGCAUGCGAGUUAUGCAAGAGCAGUUAGCCCAGUUAGCUGCUAGUUUAAGGAGGCCUGAGUCUGGCAUAGCUGGUUUACCUGGAAAACCAGGCCCUCCGGGACCUCCUGGUCCUCCAGGAGACAAUGGAUUUCCUGGACAAGGUGGAGCAAGAGGCCUUCCAGGACUCAAAGGACCACCAGGGCAGAUCGGUCUUAAAGGACCCAAAGGUGAAUUGGGGGACAGAGGCUCCAGAGGGUCCACUGUGCGAGGACCUAAAGGUCAGCCAGGUCCUCCUGGGCUUCCUGGUGAGCCAGGCAAACCUGGCUAUGGUCAAGAUGGUCGUGACGGACAGAGGGGGCCUCCAGGUAUUCACGGACAGCCUGGAGUACCUGGGCCUCCUGGUGCAGCUGGUCCUAACGGUUACUGUGACCCAUCGGCCUGCAACCUGCAGGCGGGGGCCGCCCACCAGUCUAUGGAUGUGAAGGGACCUGCAGGGAACUAAAAGAAACUCUGGGAGAGACAGAAAAAAAACCCCGUUGGAUUAUCUUUCCUGAGCACACAACAUUUUUCACACUCUCUUCCCAGGUGCUGUGGUUGGUAUGGUGCCUUCGAUCCAUUAACCUCUAGUCUGGUGAGCAUUUGAUGUGCCAACCAUGUCCGCCAGAAGAAGCCAGCUAAAAAAAAAACAACCCACACACAGAAAUCUGUCUCUUUCUGGCAUUUUUCUACCUGACAGAUAUUUUAAGGGAAGUGCUUACAUUCCUGUGACAAUAAUAUGAAAAGACCAGGAAUGUUUGUUUAUCUCACUCUGCGUGCUCCUCUGCCUCUGUUUUCUUUUUAUAGCCUCAUUUUUCAGUAAAUCAGGAGCAGAAAAUUGUCUGGUCCAAGACUCUUGUUCGGGUCUUUGGUUCCGAAUGUGCUAAUGUACCAAAAAUAAACCUGCCAACAACCCCCCUUUUCUCUGUAAAUGCCUUUUCAGGCCAGAAGUUCAUAAUAAAGAGGAGAUAGGAUGAAAAAGUCACCAAGUCACACUGACUUCAACUCAUGUUGUAAAUCUGUAAAAAAAUGUUUGAAUUGUGGUUAAAUAUAUUUCCUGCGAAACAACUUGAUGUGAGGUUUUUUGUACAGAAUGAUAUAUGGAAAUAUAUUUUACAGAUGAGGCGAAACCUCACUGAUUUCAGAAAUAAAGAAAACAACACAUGCAGUGUUUAAUUUA